AACGAAACAAAACAAAUUAAAAAUAGUGAAAUUUCUUGCAAUCGAAGCAACUUUGUUUCUUCAUCAUCAAUCAAGAAAACUCGAUAUUAAUUUCUUGAUUUCAAUUCUUUCUCUCACCCAAGGAAAGUUCCUAUUUUUUAUUUUUCGUUUUCCCAAACGAUUAUCUCUAUGGAUCGUGAAAUUUCUUUUACUGCAGAUCCAGGAUCAACGGCGGCGGUCAAGACUGGCAGUUCAAUGACUGUUUUAGCACCUGGGUUUAGAUUCCACCCAACAGAUGAAGAAUUGGUGAGCUAUUAUUUGAGAAGAAAAGUCCUGAACAAGCCCGUCAGGUUUAAUGCUAUUGCCGAAGUUGAUAUUUACAAACAUGAACCUUGCAAUCUUUCAGACAAGUCAAGAUUGAAAACCAGAGACAAUGAAUGGUAUUUCUUCAGUUCAUUGGAUAAGAAGUAUGUCAAUGGGGGAAGAAUGAAUAGGGCUACAAACCAAGGAUAUUGGAAGGCGACGGGUAAGGAUCGAGAGGUCCGUCACAAUUCACAGCUUAUUGGGAUGAAGAAGACGUUAGUCUUCCAUACUGGGAAAGCUCCGGAAGGAUUGCGAACUAAUUGGGUAAUGCAUGAGUACCGGCUUGUUGAAGAAGAAUUGGAAAGGAUUGGAGCAUUGCAGGGUUAUGUGGUAUGUAGAGUUAUACAUAAAAAUAAUAUCGGACCACCAAAUGGAAACCGAUAUGCACCUUUCAUUGAGGCUGAAUGGGAUGAUGAUUCAGCCACUUUGAUUCCCGGAGUAGACACCAAGGAUGAUGUUGCUUCUAUUAAUGAUUCGAUAGCCGGUAGUGAUGUGGAAGCUGUUGAGAAUGCAGUGAUUGGAAGCAACGGUGUUCAAAGGAUCUGUUCCGAGCAGGACAUUCAGUAUCUGGAUGGGGAUACUCCGCCUAGUGAUGAAGUACCAAGAGACUCGCCAAAUGAGAGAACGGAUGACCGUAUUUUGUUACCUCCAUGCAAGAUUGACAGGUCACAUGAUUGCCUGCGGCUAUGCAUUCAUAAUCGAGAAUCACCCUUACCUAUAUUCCAAUACAAGAGAAGGCGGGAUGACAAUUCAGGUCCGAAUUACCAUGCAAAUAUUUCUGAGAAUUCUACUGGAAUGACUCAGGGUUGUUGCUCACCUACAACAACAAUGGCAGCAGCUAACACAACCACAAUGUCUCCAUCAUCUGCCAAAAAAAGGGCAAUUUCUGCACUCUUGGAAUUUUCGUUGAUAGAUUCUAUCGAACCAAAAGAGAAUCCUUGUGUUCCUCCACCAAAAUUCGUCACGAGUAGUCUAGAAUCCGUAAUUCCUCCGGGCUGCAUGGAACUUAUCAAGGAAUUGCAAAACGAGGUCCACAAAAAUGCCAAGGAGAGGGAUAUAUUGAAGCUCGAAAUGAUGAGUGCUCAAACUAUGAUCAGCAUUCUACGGUCAAGAAUCAAUUAUAUUAGAAAUGAAAACGAGGAUCUAAAGAGGAGCAACCGGGACGUGUAGCAUGGGGAGCCUAGGUACUUUUCCGGCGGAUGGAUUUCCUUAUGGUUACCCUUAUUUAUGCGUGGAUUAUUGUUCACCGGCACGGUUGUAGAAUUUGGAUGCCAUUAGCAUUUGGUUUGUUGAUGAACG